UAACUCCUACCAUACCCAAAACUCAAGAAAUCCAACCAACUUUACAAGAUGAAUUAACAAAAAAACAUAAAAGACAAACCACUGUAGAAGAAAAAAAUAUAUUAGAUCCCAUUUGUGAAGGUGAUUCCAUGCCUACAGAUAAUGAAAUUAGUAAUAUAUUAACAGAACUUAAUACAAUUUCAUCUAAUUGGACA